GACUCUGCUGAGAGGGCGGCGCCUCGGGUUCUCCAGCUCCCGAACUCUGCAAGCUGUGUAGCCACGGCUCUGGGAGCAGCUGGGCCUGGCAGGUAGGCUCCGUGCCCAGGCAGCUGGACCGCCGCGAGUGGGAGGACUUGCGGGCGAUCGCGAGGGAUCACCAGGUGCCCGGCGCUGGUACGGCAUCCUCCGCACCUGUGUGGCCGUCCCUGCUAAAAGGGUCAGCUCUCGCCCUUAUCAGAUGGUAGAUCCUGUCGCCAAGUGACCGAAGCAACCAUUGUUUAUUGGGUUACAUACCAGGGGCUGCAAUGGACCUGGUUCUCAGUGCCGCCGAUUACUACUUCUUCACUCCAUAUGUGUAUCCAGCCACGUGGCCUGAGGACAACAUCAUCCGACAAACUAUUAGUCUCCUGAUUGUCACGAACCUGGGUGCUUACAUUCUCUACUUCUUCUGUGCAACCCUGAGCUAUUAUUUUGUCUAUGAUCAUUCCUUAAUGAAACACCCACAGUUUUUAAAGAAUCAAGUCUCUCGAGAGAUCAUGUUCACUGUCAAGUCUUUGCCUUGGAUAAGCAUCCCCACGGUCUCAUUGUUCCUGCUGGAGCUGAGGGGUUACAGCAAACUCUAUGAUGACAUAGGAGACUUUCCACAUGGCUGGAUUCAUCUCAUCGUUAGCGUGAUGUCCUUUCUCUUUUUCACGGACAUGUUGAUCUACUGGAUUCAUAGAGGCCUGCACCACAAACUGGUCUACAAGCACAUACAUAAACCUCAUCAUAUUUGGAAGAUCCCCACACCGUUUGCGAGUCAUGCUUUUCACCCUGUGGACGGCUUCGUUCAGAGUCUGCCUUACCAUAUAUAUCCCUUUGUCUUUCCACUGCACAAGGUGGUCUACUUAGGUUUAUAUGUCUUGGUUAAUGUCUGGACAAUUUCUAUUCAUGAUGGUGAUUUUCGGGUUCCCCAGAUCUUAAGGCCGUUUAUUAACGGGUCAGCUCAUCACACAGACCACCACAUGUUCUUUGACUAUAACUAUGGACAGUAUUUCACAUUGUGGGAUAGAAUUGGAGGCUCUUUUAAAAAUCCCUCCUCUUUUGAAGGGAAAGGACCACAUAGUUAUGUGAAGAACAUGACAGAAAAAGAAUCUAACAGCUUUGCAGAAAACGGCUGUAAAAGCAAAAAAGUAUGCAAUGAAGAAUUUACAAAGAACAAAUAAAUUAUUUCCCAAUUGUUAACUAUUUUAAAUAAGAAAAUAAUCUACACACAGUCAAGAUACAUAGCAAAUAAUGGUGUCAUUUGAAUAUCAGCAUUGCUUGAGUGUCAUGCUGAGGAAUGGUCCUGACAGUAAAGAGCAGGAAGAUACUGGGAGCAUUGUAAUCUCUUGGUUAAUUGUCCGACAUUGGUCCAGGGACAACUUGUGUCUUUUCAGCCAGCUGAUCUGCAGCCUGUACAACUCCGACAGCAUCUUUAAAUAUGAUAGAAAAUAAGCUACUGAAGAGGCUGGUCUGUGUCCUUUUGCCUUAAUCCACGCAUACUCAUUAAGGAAAAAAAAGUACCAUUGUGCUUAACAAUACUGAGACUAACCAGGAAACCCUAAAGAUGAAGAUGUUCCUGUUCCAGGAGCAGCUGGCUUUACAGCAGUGCUGGGGAAUUGCAGGAUUUCAUUCAAAUAGGAAUAUUAGUCCAAGCAGGCUGAUACAUGAGUGUCAAUGUAUAUGAUUUACUUAAUGGCUGAUGGAAUAUGAUUGUAUUUUCUUCCUAUACAUAGGCACCUUACCCUCUGGGGCAUUAUCAGGUUUUAAUAAAUGAAUAAAUAAAUGGUAAUUUUUCAAAAUGUCAGCUCUUCCAUGAUUCAGUCUAGAUAGGAGAUUAUUUAACUGAAGAUCUUGGUGAGUGUUAUCUUUUUAUUUUUUGGUUUUUUUGAGACAGGGUUUCUCUGUGUAGCCCUUGCUGUCCUGGAACUCUGGAGACUGGGCUUGCCUCUAACUCAGAGAUCUGCCUGCCCCUGCUGGGAUCAAAGGUGUGUGCCACCACUGCCCAGCUUGGUGUGUGUCGUUUAAUAACUCUACAGACAUGAAUCUGGAUAAUUCUAGAUAUAAACUUGUGGCACCUAGGUGAUGUCUUUUUUAAUUCAGUGGACACACUGUACUUUUGAUGUAUUUCUCAGUUACAAAGCUGACUUUUUUAAAUAAGGGAAAUAAUUGCCAAGUACUUAAGUUUAAGUACUUUAAACCUCAUCUUGUAUUUCUCCCCUCUCUUCCCACUACCUCUGCAUAAAAACAUGAAGAAAGGUGGGUAUUGUGAGCUAAGUUUAUUUUCAAGGGGAGAAGAUAUGUUUUUAUAAAGUUAUUCUAAUUACUAUUUAUGCAAAAAACAGUAAAAGUUGAUCAUGACUGCUAUUAUCCACUUAGCUGUUAGAGCACAAAACAUCCUUUUUGUUCAUUGGGGUCACUUUGAAGGUGUAGAGGUGAUGUGGGUUAUAAAAACUGAGAGCAUCCCUAAUGCUCAGUCACUCUGCCCUGUAUGCAAACAUCAGUCAUUGCAACCAUCUCUUUCUCAUUUGUUAAUUGACUAUCGAGUGCUCUGAGGAAGUGAAAACAAGAAGUAAAGAAGCUCUGUGUUAGGAUCUAGACUUCCCUUUUCCUGGAUAUACAACCCACGAGAACACUGGAUUUUGAGUACAUCAGCAUCACUAAUACAUGGACUGUUUAGGAUGUUAGAUGAAUCUGGCACCUAGCUCUUAGCAGUGUGCUGUGCAUACAAAAGGAUCCCUAAGAUACACGGUGUGGUACUACAUCAAGAAACAAUACCCCCCCCACACACACACACACCAAACAGGACAUCUCCAUCACCCCUAAUCCUCAAGGGAGAGGAGACAGAGAGAUUGAAAGCAGAGGCCAGGGAAGAUACAGCAAGUCUCUGGACAUGAGGGGCCUUUGUGCUCAUAAGCUCACUGUAGCUGUGGCUGCCAGCACAUGAUCCAGCCAGUCAGUAUUCCAGAGUGGAGGGGGUGAUGGAUAAGGUACCAGGGCUCAGAGUGUUCCACCUGUAGCUGGGAGCUUUUGAUAGUUGAUGAUUGCUAGGGAACAGAGAGUCUGUUUGCAGUGGUACAAUCUCUAAGUUGCUUUUGCAUCACUGGGUUACCUCCCAGGCCAAGGCCUGAUCUGACUGGACUCUGGCUUAUAAAGAAAAAGAAGAUAGGAAAAUUGGAGAGGGAUGAGGAAGGUUCUGGGAAAAGUUGGGUAUGAGAAAAAUAGCAUGGAUAUGAUCAAAAUGCGGUGUGUGUGUGUGUGUGUGUGUGUGUGUGUGUGUGUGUGUGUAAUAAAGAAUUGCUCGAGAGAUGAGUCACUGCCACCCAAUAGGAUCAAGCACAGAGAAUGGUGGCUCCUGUUUCCUGGGUUCUGGGAUGAUUGAGGUCAGUCUUCUGCUAGGCCCUCAGUAGGAGUAUGGUGGAGGAACCUGCUUUCCCUUCAUGCUGGGGGUGGGGCAGGGAGGUGAAAAACAUUGAGAUGAGUUACAGAAAUAUGUAAGUAAAAUUGAAGACAAGAUGCUGCUCACUGUGUAUUAUCUCUAAUGAGGUAAAAUUGCUAGUAUUUUUGUUGCUGUGGCAUUCUUUUUAAAAAUGUGCCAUAAACCAGUCUAUAGUAAAAUUGAAAGACAAAAAUAGAAGCCCAUCUUUACCCUAAAAUAGAAUAAACUUCUUAAGUGUAUGGCCCAUGCUUUACCAGGGUUUGGUGUAGGAAGAAAAAUAUUCAUAAAAACUUGUUUUAACAAAUAUUUGCUUUGUGAAGAUACAGUGAAGAUAAAUGUUCAAGGCCAGGAUAUAGCCUAAUAGACGGGUGCGUGCAUGGCGUGUUUACGGCCCUCAGUUGUCCCCAGCCUGUCAAAAAGGUUUUCUUCCUAAUCUCUAAAGUCAAGUUGAAAGCUUUUAUUAAUUCUUAGUGCAAUAGUGUUUAAAAUAAGUUACAUUCCAGUUUCUUCAACAGUGAAUUCCUAAGUUGAGCCUGUCAAGUCCUUGUAAUGACCUUGUAACCAUUUGUCUUUUUAUAAUGAGGUUUUCUUAAAUUUGGUAAGAGACUUAACAUUUGAUUCAGCCCCUGGUCAGACCUGUGUUCGAGUCCCUGAACAGCGUCCCAUCACUCGGAGCUAAUCACUCUGACAUAGGAUGAUGCUGUCAGAGUUGGGUCAUCUGGCUUAAGGCUGUGUGUAUGCCCUCUGGUGGAGCCAGCUUAUCUCAUAGCUUUUGUUAAUUUCCAGCAUUUAUUGCUGACUCUUUGAAUAUUAUAAUUUUAUUCAGCUAUUCAUCAGAUGAAAAUUUGACCCUUACUUAACAUGCUGCUAAAGAAACAAAUAUAAACUUAGUGCACACCCAUCUAUUAGGGCAGGCACUGGGUGGGUGUCCUCAUCUUCUGCCCCAGCUGUAUGGUUGCUUUCAUACAGUUAAGUGUACCUGUCCUAAUGGUACAGUUCAGUCUUGACAUUUCUGUACUAGUGCCAACAUCUUUUCCAGUUAAGACAGAACAGAUCCUUCACCAGCGUAUGUACCAUCUCCCUCUGCAGUCAGUAGGUCACCCCCUACCUCCAUGUGCACCCCAGGCAGUCACUCAUCUACUCUGUCCCUGGGGAUUAAUCUCGUCUGUUCUAUUAUUUCAUUUUAGUUGAAUCAGAUGAAUUAUACUCCUGUGUUGAAGUUUUAUUUUUAGCUUAACAUGUUUUGACAUGUGUGCUGUUGCAUUUAUCAAUAGCUUGUUUGUUUUUAUUGGUGAGUAGUAUUCCUAUUAUGAUAUACUUAUUAUACUAAGUAAUAUACUACUAUUGUCCAGUCUGUGUAUCUGUUGAUAGAUAUUUGGGUUAUUUCCAGUGUGGGAAUAUGUUGAAUAAAGCUACUGUGGACAUUUGUGAACAAA